UUCAAAUACAAGGUAUUUGGUUUCUUGGUCCUUUCCUCAUCAGUUGCGAAUCUCUUGGGAGUGUGUUUCCUCGUUCUAUAUAUUGGGUUUAUCGUGGMGUGUUUGACCUAACUGCAUCAUCAUGGCUAUGUCGGGAAUCAAGAUGGCCCCAGAACUAAAAGAGUUUUUCAAUACCAUGAACAUCAAGAAAACACACAAGUAUGCUUUUUUCAAGCUGUCAAGUGAUCAGAAAUUUGUUGUUUUGGAUGAGGAAAAUUUAGGACCAAAGGUUACCACAAAAACCAAAGAAGAAGAUAAAGUUUAUUUUGAGCAACUGAAAAAUGUACUUGAAACCAAUGAACCUCGUUAUAUCCUGUAUGAUUUUGGUUUUCAAGGAAAGGAAGGACGGGAAUAUAGAAAACUUGGAUUUAUGUAUUGGUGUAGUAACGACUGUCCUGUCAAAAAAAGGAUGAUCUACGCUUCUACCAAGGAUGAUGUCAGGAAGUGCUUUGGCAAUAAGCCAGAAUUUCAAUUAAAUGAAUUGAGUGAUUUGGACUAUGAGGAAUUUUCUGAUGUGAUGGCAAAGGCCAAGUAAAGUCAGAAAACUUGCAUACCUUACUAAACAAGUACUUUAAUUGAAAAGUUAUAUUUUGUACUUAUUGAUUAACCAUCAAUGAUGUCCAGUUAAUUUUGAUACCACAUUUUAUUAUAAAUUCCUUGAGCAUUGUAAGUAUUUUCAUCAUUAAUGUUGUUCCAUGUAAUAAAAUCACCAUCUUUCAUUUUUACAA